AUGGCACGCAGACCACAGCGAGGCUAUGAUAAAUAUGAAAAUCCUGGCUAUCCAUCCCAGGAGUAUGAGCAGGGACCAGACAACCGCGCCGGGCAUCAUGUCGAGCGACACCAUCGACAUGAGCGACGCUCCAGUGGAACGUCCGACAGCGAUGGUGGUGAUGAGGAAAGGCGCCCUCGUCAUAAAAAGCACAGACAGCGGCACCAUAGCCAUGACCGAUCGGGCUCUGAAAGCUCGGACUGA